CUCCACUACAGGCUUCUCUGCAGAAUGUCAAGCAAAGAUCGACACAUUGAUUCUAGCUGUUCGUCAUACAUCAAGACGGAACCGUCGAGCCCUGCCUCUCUGACGGACAGCAUCAACCACCACAGCCCUGGUGGCUCCUCAGACGCCAGUGGGAGCUACAGUUCCACCAUGAAUGGACAUCAGAACGGGCUGGACUCACCUCCUCUCUACCCUUCGGCCACAGGGCUUGGGGGCAACGGGCCGGUCAGGAAACGGUAUGACGACUGCUCCAGCACCAUCGCUGAAGAUUCACAGACCAAGUGUGAAUAUAUGCUGAACUCGAUGCCCAAAAGACUGUGUUUGGUGUGUGGUGACAUUGCAUCAGGGUACCACUAUGGAGUGGCUUCCUGCGAGGCCUGCAAGGCUUUCUUCAAGAGGACAAUUCAAGGUAACAUAGAAUACAGCUGCCCAGCAACGAAUGAAUGUGAAAUCACAAAGCGCAGACGCAAGUCCUGCCAAGCCUGCCGCUUCAUGAAGUGUCUAAAAGUUGGCAUGCUGAAAGAAGGUAAGACUGAUGAAGUCAAUAUGUAUCUCUCUGCAAACGCAUGCAACAAUCGUAGGGCAAUCAGGAAAGAAGAGAGUCCUGCCUCCUGUCUGCCUCUCCUGUUGCAGAGUAGCACAAGAAAGUUACUACAGACUGAUCCAGAGGAACACUUUAUUUUGGUUUAG